AUGGCUUUGUCAAUAGAAAUACCCAAUGCAUAUCUUGAAUUUAUGAGUAUCUGCGAUGAAUAUGAGAUAGUAUCGCUGGUUGGAAAAAGAACCUCUGUGAUUAUAUCAUAUGCCGACGAUCUCAGGAUGGUCCAAAGAGUUCUCGAUGAGCAUCCAGACGAGAACUUUCAAUGCAGUGAGUUUCUUAUAAGACAGAAUGAUGUCUUAUUAGCACUCGGCGGAAGUCUUGGAAUCAUAAAAGUCCUGAAUCUAUCGAAAGGGACAUUUGUUGGAUAUAUUCAGGCCCAUGGAGGGAUAAUUUUCUCGAUAAAAAGAUAUAAGGAUGAGUAUCUGUUGAGCUGUAGUGAAGAUACAACAAUAAAGAUGUGGGACGUCUCGGAACUAAAGUGUGUCUGUGUCUUUGGAGGCUACACAGGCCAUAGAGACCAUGUCUUGUCUAUCGAUGUAAGUGAUGACUUGAGGUAUCUGGCGUCUGGUGGAACAGACUGCUCAAUAAGAGUUUGGAGGAUUCCUUCCUCCUUGAACAAGUUUCAAUGUGUAGCACCCAUUUAUUUAUCGCCAAGGAUCCAUAAAUUUCCCAUUCAAUGUGUUCGGUUCUAUAGAGAGUUUCUGGUUUUCUAUUCUGGAGAAAGCAGAAUCGACAUCAUUUCUCCAAGAUAUGGGGAAGUAGAACCCACAUCAAGGACCGAGUUUGUGGGAGGCGUUAAGUUUGAAGGCCAACUAUUGCGGGGAUUCGAGAUAGACGAUGGGAUGCUAGUGGCAGUGACAGAAUCACAGGACAUAAUUCUGUUCAAGAUGAAUGAUAUUGGAUUCACUUCCCAAUCAACAAUAUUAAGAUCAACCAAGAAGGGAAAGAUACGGGACUUCCGCGUAAUUAGAAACAGAAUGUUUAUUCUUUUUGAAGAUUCUUUCUUUAGAGUGUUAAGUCUUGCCUGA